AUGAGAUUCCGGUAUUACCAGAACGUCUGCACGUUUAGCUAUUCCUCUGUGUGGUGGGACUGGCCGAGAUGGGAGAGAGAGAUUGACUGGAUGGCACUCAAUGGAAUUAAUUUGCCACUGGCUUUCACUGGCCAAGAGGCCCUGUGGCUGGAGGUUUACCGAGCUAUGGGGUUAAACCAGUCGGAGAUCGAAGAGUUUUUCUCUGGCCCGGCGUUUCUCGCCUGGAACCGAAUGGGAAACGUCUUCAAGUUUGGCGGGCCUCUGCCACAGUCCUGGCAUGUGAACCAGCUCUACCUCCAAUUUAAAAUCUUGGAGCGUAUGAGAUCCUUUGGCAUGAUUCCCGUGCUGCCAGCCUUUUCUGGGAACAUUCCCAAGGGAAUUAUCAGGUUGUAUCCAGAAGCCAAUGUAACCAGACUGGGGCCUUGGUCUCACUUCAACUGCAGCUACUCCUGCUCCUAUGUUUUAGACCCUCUUGACCCACUUUUCCUCCAGAUCGGGUCCCUCUACCUGUCCCAGGUAGUGAAGCAGUUUGGUACAGAUCACAUCUACAACACGGACACCUUCAAUGAGAUGACACCACCCUCCUCUGACCCUGCCUAUCUGUCUGCAGUCAGUCGCUCUGUCUUUGCAUCAAUGUCCGCAGUUGACCCUCAGGCAAUUUGGCUGAUGCAAGGCUGGCUGUUCUUUAGUGACGCAGCAUUCUGGAAGCCGGCCCAGAUUCAGGCCUUACUACAUGGAGUUCCUGUCGGAAGAAUGAUCGUGCUGGACCUGUUUGCGGAGACCGAGCCAAUUUUUUCCUACACAGAGUCUUUCUAUGGACAGCCCUUUAUCUGGUGCAUGCUGCACAACUUUGGGGGCAACAGUGGAUUCUAUGGCACAGUGGAGAGCAUCAAUUCAGGGCCAUUCAAAGCCUUACAUUUCCCAAACUCCACGCUGGUGGGCAUUGGCAUAACACCUGAGGGCAUUGAGCAGAAUCCUGUGAUGUACGAGCUGAUGAGCGAGCUGGCUUGGCGCAAAGAGCCAGUCAACUUGUCCAAGUGGGUGUCUCUGUAUGCAUUACGCCGCUACGGCAGCACGCAAGAGAAUCUGACCGCCGCGUGGAGGCUCCUGUUCGCCAGCGUCUACAACUGCACGCUACCACAUUACCGGAACCACAACCACAGCCCCCUGGUGCGCCGGCCGUCCUUCCACAUGAAUACUGACCUCUGGUAUGAUCCAGCUGAUUUGUACAAAGCCUGGAAACUGAUUAUUGAGGCAGCUCCAUCUCUCAUGACCAAGGAGACCUUUCAGUAUGAUCUAGUGGAUGUCACUCGGCAGGUUCUCCAAGUCCUGACAAGCUCUUUUUACCAGGAUAUCGCAGAUGCCUUCCAUAACCAGAAGUUGCCAGAGCUGCUGACUGCAGGCGGAGUGCUGGUCUAUGACCUGCUACCUGAGCUCAAUCGUUUGCUGAAUAGUGACCGCAACUUCCUGUUGGGGACAUGGCUGGAGAGGGCCAGAUCUUUAGCCCUCGAUGAAAAGGAGGCUGAGCUCUAUGACAUGAAUGCCCGAAACCAGCUCACUCUCUGGGGUCCCAGUGGAGAAAUCCUGGACUACGCCAGCAAAGAGUGGGGAGGCCUAAUGGAGGACUACUAUGCCCAGCGAUGGGGCCUCUUUGUUCACACCCUGGUAGGGUGUUUGGACAGCGGACGACCGUUCAGGCAGGACGCCUUCAACCAGGCAGUUUUUCAGGUAGAAAAGGGAUUCAUUUACAACAGUCGAAAGUACCCGACCAAGCCUCAGGGAGACACAUACGAGAUCGCUCGCAGGAUCUUUCUCAAGUACUACCCACAGGCCUUGAAGAGGCUAUAGUGAGCAGAGCUUCAUUUUGGAAAAUCUUGUCUCAAGUCACAGCAAGAAGAAUGUCUUCCUCCACCUCCACCUUCAUGGCUUUCCCAAAACAUUUUGAUGUAGAAAGUCUAACAACCUGAAUUUACAGGAACAACCUGUUUUGCACAUGUAGUAGAGGCAGAGAUGGACAGAUGUGCAUGUUGUAGGGGGAAAAGGAUUUUCACUUUACAUUCACACUGAUUAAAUAUCCAACUAUGGCUUCUAAAAGAGGACAAGGAGGAGAUGAAGGCCUGUUAACGACUUCCAGAAGACUGUAUGAAGGUGCAGAUUUGAUGUUGAAUUUCACCUGUAUGUCCUGUGGUACUGUUUUGUAUCCCACAGCUCUUACAGAAAAAAACAUGGAAAUACACACAUUCACUUCCCAGAGUAAGAUGAUCCCACAUGGAUUUGAAUAUCAACAUGAACACAGUGAGCUUAGCAUAAAGACUGAAAGCCAGCCAGGCUGUGUCCACAGUGAAACAAGACUAAUGCCGUUAUUCACACGGUGUAUAUUGUCUGUUUAACCUGUAUACUAAGAAAAAUGUAAAAACGUCAUUUAGUGGUUUUAGAGAGAAUAAGGAGGUGGAACUGUUUCUUGACGAACAGCAGAUUAUCCAUUUACACCUCACGCCCAUGUUGCAUCUGUUGCUAUAGACAGUCACAAUGUUCGUUCACAAUCAUUUCCAAAUAGAAAACCCCUGUGUCAGGUAUGUAAAAUGAAAAGACUGAACGAACGCUGCCUCAGUAGGUUAGUUUUUAGCAUCAUUAAAAAAGGCCCACCUAAAAACAACGUUGUCAGUCACAUCCCACUGUGUGUUUGCUGUUUUCAAUUUUUUUCACAGCUUUAUCUUGCUGUCAGACAGCCCUGUCCUAUGAGACACUCAAAGCCAUCAGUUUCCAUUGACAAAAACAGUCGUUUUACAUAGCAGAAUGCUAGGGUUGCAGGUCUACUGUUAACUCCAUCAGUCAUGGUAAAGCAAAGAUUCCUAAUACAGCGGACUAUAGCAAAUUGUUACAUUUCAGUUCAUCAACAGGUUAAACAAGGUCAGGAGCUGUGGAUCAAGAGGUGGCACAAUUGGGUGACUGGGCAUAUCUUAGCUCACCUUCCAGCUCUGCAUGUUUUUUGAGACUUUUGCCACAUUCCAGGUAGGAGGCAUCCAAGCCAAAAGCUGUGGGUUUAUUUACUCUUUAACAAGGCAAGGCAAGGCAAGGCAAGUUUAUUUGUAUAGCACAUUUCCGCAACAAGGCAAUUCAAGGUGCUUCACACAG